AUGCCACCAAAAGCCAAAAAAGGUAAAUCAAAUGAAGAAAAACAACAAGAUUUAUUAAAUUGGUUUCAUUCGGAACAUGAUUUUUAUACUUUAAAAGAAAUUGAACAAAAAGCAAGUAAAAAUUGUAAAAUUUCAUCAAUUCAAAUUAAAGAAUUAGUUACAUCAUUAAUUAAUGAAGGAUUAAUUGAACAAGAAAAAUGUGGUACAACUAAUCUUUAUUGGAGUUUUAAAUAUAAUCAAAUUAAAAUUUUAGAAGAUAAAAGGGAUAAAUUGAAUAAAGAAAUUGUUGAUAAAGAAAAAUAUAUUCAAGAAUUGAAAGUUAAAUUGCAGAAUUUGCAACAAGAAAGAAGUUUAGAUCAAAUGCCAGAUAGAAACGAAAAAUUGAUUGAACUUGAACAAUUGAAUACAGAGAUUCAAAAUUCAAAUUCAAAACUAAAUCAAUUCAACAUGAUUAACAAUGCGGAUGAUAUUAAAUCCAAAAUUGAAUUUUUUAAUGAUCUGAUUGAAACGUUAUUGGAUUAUUUGAGUAAAAAAAGUGGAUAUAAAACUGAGGAAUUGAGAAAAGAGUUUAAUAUACCAAUUGAACUAGAAGAAGUACUGGGGAUAUGA